AUGACCAAAAGAAGAAGAAACAACGGUCGGGCCGAAAAGUGCCGCGGCCGUGUGCAGCCAAUUGGCUGCUCAAACUGCACCCGGUGCGUGCCCAAAGACAAAGCCAUUAAGAAGUUCGUCAUUCGGAACACUGUAGAGGCCGCUGCUGUCGGGGACACAUCCAAAGCAAGUGUCUUCGACGCCUAUGUGCUUCCCAAACUCUCUGUGAAGCUGCAUUGCUGCGUGAGCUGUGCUAUUCAUAGCAAGGUAGUCAGGAAUCGAUCUCGUGAAGCCCGCAAGGACCGAACACCCCCACCACGAUUUAGACCUGCUGGUGCCGCACCGCGACCUCCACCAAAGCCCAUGUAA